AUGAAAUAAAAAAAGAAUUGGAAUUUAAAUUAAAAGUUAUGAAUAUUUAAAAAUUAUUUAAUAUUUUUAAAUAUUAGUUACUAAACUAAUAAGAAGGAUGACAAGAACCAAAGAAGGAAAGACUUUUUUUUUAUCUAAAAAUUAUAUAGCAAAGAAAGGCAAGGAAUAGAGGAAAUUAAAGAAUUUAGAAAAUAAUUUAGAUAUAGACCAGGAACAGCUGCUUUAUAGGAGAUAAGAAAAUAUUAAGAUAGUUCUAGGUUAUUGAUAAGGAAAUUACCAUUUUAGAGAUUAAUAAGAGAGGUUGCUGGAUUUUCAGAAAAAGAGAUAAGAUUGUAAAACAGCACCAUUUUACUUUAUAAGAGACAACAGAAGGAUUUAGAAUAAAUAUUUUAGAAGAUAGUGUUAUUUGUGUUCAUCAUACAAAAAGAAUAAUAGUGA